UUGUCUGUGUGUUGGUGCUGGAGAGGAACAGAUCUGGGCAUUUUCCGUGUGUGUGAAGUGGAGGCGUGAGCUCGCCUGCCUUCUGACGCUGGGAGCAGUUCUCGCGGACUCAUCGAACAAGUUCCGGUCGGUUUGUGCUUUUAGCCACACUUUGCCAUGUUUAACUCGGUCGUUCAUAUCGGCCCGUAAUACGGAAAUCCAUCAUGGGCCAUGCCUUUGGAAUGACAUACCGGUGAGGUCUUUAAUCAUGGCCAGUACGGAGUCCACGAAGCCUGGGGUCCAGCUCACCAAGACGAGCCCGGACUCAAAACAGUCCGAGCCAUGGAAACGGCACAUCAUCCGGCAGCUGAAGUAUCGCGAUAAGGCGCAGAAGCUCGUCUUCCAAGAUGUGAUCCAGUCAUAUGUCAACCUGCUCGAGCACUGCGCGCAAAGUGCACUAAUCACCCAAGGCCUCCUCUCCCCGCCGAGACCGUUUUCCUCAUCUGAGAAUUUGCCAUCCCUGGAGACAGCCAUUGGGGAGCUUGCUUACAAAGUAGUGGAGCUGCAGCAAGAGAUAAAAAUCAAGGACACUUUUCUUGAAAAGCAACAUGCCAGGUUGUAUGACACUCAGAACAGGCUCAUGGCUGUGGAAUUAGAGAAAGGCAGACUGAAGUCUGAUGUGAAGAUGAUGACUGAUAGCAACUUACUCCUCAAGAGUGAGUAUGACACUCUGCGUGAGCGCUGUCAGCACUUGGAUGAGGUUUACAGAAAGGAGAAACUUCAUGGCUCAGAUGUCCUAGAGGACAUGAUUCACUUGAAAGAACAGGCUGCUGCUCGCAUGAACCACCGCAAUGAGAGGAGACUGAGAGCCAGGCAAGCUGAUCUUCAUAAGGAACCUGAGGUGGCUGCGAGUGAAAAUUUGAACAGUGACAAAGUACCCCAAAGUGUAUCACUACCAUCAUCACCAUUACUACACAGGAAUGACAGUCGAGAGGAUUUGGAAAGCAUCAAAUUACGAGCUUUCAGGUCAGCUUCAGUUACUUCUCCUCGGAUUCUUGGCUCAAUCAGAGGUCUUUUUGAAAAGAAAAGGCGAGGUAAUUCAGUUAGCAGUUUGGGAGAAGAUCUCUGUACCCCUCUAGGAGUUUGCUUAGUAGCUAGAGUCCCAACCAAAGUCAUUCAUGCUGUGGACGCUCAUGAGCUUGGAAUCAAUGCAGUGAGAUUCAGCCCAAGUUCGAAUAUGCUGGCUACUGGAAGCACAGACAGGGUGAUUAAGCUGUGGGACAUCAGCUCAGGAAUGCUGCACUACAGAGGGACACUAGAUGGGAGUAAUGAGGGCAUCACCAGCAUUGAGUUUGAUUCUACGGGCAGCCGAAUUUUAGCGGGAUCUUAUGACAACUCUGCUCUUAUAUGGCGGUUGGAUGACUCUGUUCCAAAGUUUACGCUGACGGGCCAUUCUCGUAAAGUGACAGCAGCUAGGUUUAAAUGUAACUUAAGGCAGGUGGUGACUGGGAGUGGAGACAGGACUGUAAAAAUCUGGGACCUGCAACGUGCUGCAUGUAUACAGACGAUUGAGGUAUUAUCCUACUGUAGUGACGUAGUGUGCUCAGAGUAUUACAUAAUCAGUGGCCAUUUUGACAGAAAAAUACGCUUCUGGGACAGCCGGGCAGCGAGCUGCACUCAGGAGGUUCCCCUACAAGGUAGGGUGACCUCACUUGACAUCUCACCCAACCAUAGAGAGUUACUAAGUUGCUCAAGAGAUGAGAGCCUGCAGUUGGUGGAUCUGAGAAUGAGCAAUACCAGAAAGGUCUUCAGGGCAGAUGGCUUCAAAUGUGGAAGUGACAGCACCAAGGCUAUCUUCAGUCCAGAUGGAAGUUACCUGGCAGCUGGCUCUGCUGAUGGUAGCGUGUACAUCUGGAACAUUAGCACAGGCAACCUGGAAACACGGCUACCAGACAUGCACAGAACCUCAGUUAACGCAGUGGCUUGGUCAAUGUCAGGCGAGUAUAUGGUGAGUGUUGAUAAGAGCCGAUGUGCCAUUCUGUGGAGUGACUUCUGAAGCUGGAUUUAAGUGGCUGUACACUCUACUGCUGAAUUACACACCAGGGUCAAGAACAUCCACACAUCCAUGUUCAGCAUAUGAGGAACAGCAUGUUCUAUACACCAAAACUUGUAUGUAUUCACUAAUUAUAGAAACAAAGCACCACAAGCAUACUAAAUUUCUCUUGGUCUGGUUUUAUAAAGCAGUCUUGAUUGAUUGAUUGAUUGAUUGAUUGAUUGAUUGAUUGAUUGAUUGAUUAAAUACCUUGAUUUCCCCCAAAAUUAUUGACUUAGUGUGAAGCUCAUUUGAAGUGUGCUCUGAAAAUAUGUCAAACAUUCACUUAAACAUACUGCCUUAAAGAUUGAAAUCCUGGUAACAAAAUCACAAAUAGCAAGAAACUAGGUUGAAAGGUGAUGGUUGGUUACAUUCUGUGUAAUGCUCAUAUUUCCAUUGUUAAUAUCAUCUGUUUAAGUGCAUAGAAAUUAGCUAAUUAUAUUUCAAAGUGUAAAAAUAGAUUUUAUACGGGCUGUCUGUUUUUGUAAUGUCUGUGUUAGAAUUGUACAGUAUAAAAUACACCAGUUUAGUCUGUGUAUCAGUACCUGAUUUGUGCUGCAGUGCUUCUUCACCCACUCUGAGGGGUUUAAUUUGCCUAACCUCAUGCAUUCAGAUUCUCUUUUGUUGAAGAUAUCCAGUGAAGUUUGUACAAGGGAGUGUAUAGAUUUGUUUACAUACUAAUUCUCAAUAUAGUUGUACUGAAUGUUUAUAUAUCAACUACUAGAUAAAUAAAUUUCUUACCAUUUUGCUGACCAUUA